AUGGAAUCACCUCUGAAAAAGAAGAAACUCAAUCACGCUGCGGAAGAAAAAGAGAAAAAUAUUGAUUCCGAUGAUGAUGAUCAGAAUAAUGAUGAAAAUGUAAAAAUAAUAUUAUCUAAUGAUGAUGGUUUAAUGGAAAGUAUUCUAUUGAAGAAGAAACUUGGAGGAAACAAAAUUAGAACUCUCAAUACAAAGAUCACACUCUCCGAGGUUUCUAUUGAUUGUCUUGCAAAUGAUGAUGUGCAGAUUCGAAUAUGUCACCAGAAAAAGUUAUUGUUUCUUAGUUGUUGCAAAAAUAUUCACAUUUACAAUUAUGAGGAAGAUUUGAAACUUGUUAGGAAAAUUAAUGUGAAAUUUGAUAGUUUUGAAGUCGAUAGUGUUGGUGAACACUUGUUUGUAAUCUCAAUUAGUGGCAUGUCAAAAUAUAGACUUGAUGACAUGUCAGAAUUGUGGACUUUUAGAGAAAACGUGUAUUGUUUUACUAUUAGUGAAUCCAGAAAUGAAAUUUUCAUUCCCAAUAAUUUGGAAGUUAACGUUUUGGAUAUGAAUGAUGGCUCAGUCAAGAGGAAAAUUCCAUUUCAAUUAAGCCAAGGUUAUUGCGCAGAUAUUGUCUAUGAUGAAGAGGAGGAAACCAUUUAUCUAUCAGUUAAUGUUGAUAGUUUUGAAGUUUAUGACUUCAAAUUAUUAAUAGUUUCAGAAAAAACUAGAACACAAACUGAACUUGUUUGUGAUCAGAGAUUUAGCCAUCUCUUCUUCUAUGAAAGAUAUCUUGUAUAUAUCACAGUAGUGGAAGUAGUCUAUCUUUUUGAAAAGAAAACUAAUAAUUUAUUAUUAACAUUUAAAUUGGAUAAAAUUAGAUAUUACAAUUCCUAUUUUGAUAGAUUAACCAAUACUUUAAUAUAUCUAAAUAGACAGAAAAUAUGUUUUAAAAAGUUACACAUUGAGGAAAAUAUUAUUGAAACUCCACUCAACAAGGAGAUUUGUCUUGCACUUGAGAAAUUUGGAGGCAAAUUACCAUCUUUCAUUCCAAAAGUUCAAGUUUUAAACGAAUUUGUUAUUCCAGAAUGUUUACAAUAUCUAUGGAGAGUUGAGUUUGAAAAUUCAAAGUUUUGGUAUAUUGAGAAAGAGAUUGCAAAAUAUGUUUCUUUUCGAGAUUGUAACUUUGGAUACAUUACUGAAAGAUGGAUGGGAAAAGAUGAUAUUCUCUUAAUUGGAGAUUGUCCAACAAGUUCAGAAUUGGAAAAUAACAAGUUUGCCCUCUGUAUCUUUGUAAAGAAAGAGGAAGUUUCCAAGGUAUCAAAUGGCGACUUUUCAAUUUAUUUGCGUUACUUUGAUGAAUCUUCUUAUGAUUAUAUUAUUCAGAAUAAAAAGACUACAACACCACAGGUUCCCAAGUUGUCUCCAACCUCAGUACUGAUGCUCGACGAUGCUUAA